AUGGGGACAUUUGUGCUGAAGGCCCGGUACAAGGUGUUGAAGUCUGAGAAAAAUGAAGAAUGUAAUAGAAGGGUCCAUGGGCGAUUGGGUUUCAAGUGGGAAAAAGAAGGCAACCAUGCCUCUCCUCACCUUCAGUUGUGCAGCUUACCUCAGUAUUCCAGAUGGGGUGAGAAAGAGAUGGGCAUCUUUGGCAGUGUUGCCCACACUGGGGAAUCUGGGUACUCACUCACAUGCUCUCACUUUCUGCUAUGGGAGAAAUUGCAGGCCAAGGGGUUCUUCUUAGCGCUUUUUCUUUCACCACCUUCACGCAAGUUCUCCUUUCUCCCCGGGGAGAGGGCGUGCCCAGCACCACGACCCGCCUUAUCUGUGCAUUCGUUGGUGGAUCCCGAGGCCUGUUACUGCCGAGUCCCGCCCAAACCACGCCCCCACGCAUUCCGCAGGACCAGGAGAAGGCGUGGUCAUUGUGGCGCUGGACCUUCCAGACCGUCUCCUCUCGUAAGAAUCGGGACGCGCUCGAAGGCCGGCGCUGUGAGGGUGGGAGUGCAUUCCGCGGUCCCACGGAGUCGGCGCGAGAGGCCCGCGACCGCUGCUGGCGCACUCCACGCCCAGCUGCCCCGGCACGCGGCCUCCGCGCGAGUUCGCGCACGCACGCGCGCGCGCACCUGCCCAAGCUUCGGCCUGGGCAGCGGGGACCCGCCUGGCGGAGGCUGGGCCGCUGAGGUACGAGGGGAGGAGCCCGAGCUGUGGCGCUGUUGUCGCUCCCGUCGCCGUCGCCGCCACUGCCGCCGCCCCCGAGAGGAGCAUGUCUGCAACUCGAGCCAAGAAAGUGAAGAUGGCCACCAAAUCGUGCCCCGAGUGCGACCAACAGAAGUGGACUGUACCAUAUCUUUGAAAGAUUUGCGAAUACUGUUUUUAUAUGAAUUUAAACUAGGACAUAGUGCAGCCACAGCAAGUAGAAACAUCAAUUCUGUCUUUGGAGAAGGCUCUGUUAGUGAAAGGACUAUCCGGUGGUGGUUUGAAAAAUUUCGUUCUGGGGAUCUGAGUCUGAAAAAUGAGCCUCGAGGGAGACCCAAAUCUGUUUUAAAUGAAGAUCAAUUGAGAGCCAUGGUGGAAGCUAACCCCAAAAUGGCAAUUCGAGGCCUUGCAGCAGACUUAGGAGUUUCUGCUACAACAAUUUCUCGACAUCUGGCUGCAAUAGGAAAGGUGAAAAAGUUGGACAAAUGGCACCACGACCCGCCUUAUCUGUGCAUUCGAUCCCGAUUCGCCGAUCCCGACGCCCGUUACUCCUGAGCCACGCCCAAGCCACGCCCC